AUGGCUACGCAGGUCUUGAUUGCCCAUACGGGCCAGCGACUCGAGGUCGACACGGCGCAGUUCUCCAGGUGCGAGCCCUCCGGGCAGUCCUCGGAAUUCCCCCCCGACCCUUUCUACACAGGGACUGACGCCGACGCUCGUCGCAGCCUCGAUGAUUUGAAGGCCUGGGUCGCGCGGAACAGCUCCGUGUCGCUCCAGCACAUGGUGGCCCUGACGCCCCAAGGCCGCACCGUCAAGUAUGCGAGUCUCCAUGCCGAGAAAGAAAUCUACAUCUACGACAUCCGAGUCACCCAGCAGCAGUCAUCGUCGACGGUUGCGUCGCCAUCGCUCGUCUCCGAGGCGCCCGCCCCGCGCCGCCUCUCCAUUCCCAUAGCGCCAAACUCGAUAGACGACGUCCAGGCCAUCGCAUCAUGGCAGCACCUGUACGAGGAACGCCGCAACUGGGCGGUGCGGCUCACGGAGGAAUGCUCCCGCCUGAACGAUGCUGCCGCGGCACGCUACGACGAGAUGGACGUCAUGAUCAAGUGCUUGGACGCGGCCGUCGCCAACCUCGAGCUUAGCGUCAAGCAAAUCGAGCCCAAGUACAACGAGCUGAAGAAGUGGGUGGAACCAGCUCUGGCAGAGCAUGAACAGCUCGCUGCUUCCUGGGAGCAGUACCUGACGCUCGCCCGCAAGACACCUGUCUCGCCCGCCAUGGUCAAGUUCAUGACGCGUGGCGAGGUCACCAAAACUAAUGUCACCCUAGAGGACCUCGUGGAGCUGGAGACGGCGAGAAAAGCAGGCAAACUGGCAGCUACGGCCCGCCGGAGGUUCAGCGACAAAGCCACCGAGCUAGACAGGAUGGCAACGCAAAUGUACCGCGGCCUCGAGGGCCUGGCCUCCGACUUCGACAAGCUCAUGAGCCGGUCUGCCUUGGCGCACAGCACCGACGCCGCCCACCUCUUUCAGGACAUUGAGGCCGUGGCCAGUCAGAUCGACUCCGACUACAAGACCGCGCUCGGCUACGCCGGUUCGCAGCGUGAUCUUGCUCAGGCAUCUAAGACGGCCUCGAACCACACGGAGCGACUGGUGCCUUCACUAAGGAAGCGAGCCAAGGAGAUGGACGAGAUAGUGCAAUAUGCCACAGAUGCCCGCAAUGCCAUUGCCCGCGAGUCCGUCAUUCACAUGCGAACAACGACGGACGUCACCGCGUUGUACAGCAGCGUUCGCAACCAGAUUAACGUUUUGAACCAGUCCGAAGACGACCUGACAACGUUUGACUACCUUCGCCUCAUCCAUCAGCUUCCGUACAUGUACGCGUCGUUUGCCGUCGAGGCCAUCCGACGCCGAGAGUGGGUCGACAAGGUCAAGACGGAUUCGUCGACACUCGCCAACGAGAUGGCGUUGUUCCAAGACGAGGAGUCCAAGAGACGGAGACGGUGGCAGAAGAUGGUUGGCAGUAUGUACGGGCCGUCAUCUGAAACCAACGUUGUCGGCCUCGAGGUGAACCUGCUGGGCGAAGACGUGCCGUGGCCUGCACUCACCAAAGACGACCUGGAUGCUUUCCUGCACCAUCUUCAAGAAAGCGACGUCGACCCUGCCGUCCUCGAAGAUGUUAGCAAGCUUAUCCAGGAGCUAAACAGCCCCACAAAGCAGCAGUCGAAGCGGCUAAAGGCAUUCAAGAACGGCAGUGUCCAUGAGGCCGCACUAGGCCGAAGCGGUCUGCUUAUUCGCGGCGAUGAUGAGCUCCUUCGUACACUGCAGGACGACAAGACCAAGCUGGAGAGCAAGCUCAAGACGGCAGAGAGCCGGGUACGGCGUCUAGAGGAUCUCUUGCACAGGCAGAGCCAGACGUCUCGCCCCGGGAACCUGUUUCAGCCACAAAGGAACCAGCCGCACGAGAGGCAAGACUCGACUUCAUCCAUCCGGUCUGGUCGCCCCGACGACCGCCGAAUGUCUUCGGAGGGAAUUGAUCCGCUGCUGCGAAAGAUAACGCAGCUCGAACAUGAGUUGCACGAGGAGAAGCAGCGCUCCGCACAGUUUGAGAAGGAGCUCAACACCCGCAGCACACAGCACAACGAUAUGAAGUACCAAAUCCAGGAAGUCAACUCGACGAAGAAGGAUCUUCUCGAGAACAUGGAGGCUCUCAAGAGGGAGUUUCUGGACGAGAGAAAGUCCUUGGAGGACGAGAUCAAGACACUCAAAGCUCGCCUCGAGGACACGGAGGAUGAAAUAGAGCACUUUGGCGAGUCGCGAGAAAACGAAAAGGCCACCUACGACGAAAAGGUGCACGCGCUCGAGGCCGAAGUGGAACGUCUCACGAGGGAGCAUGGCGACGACGUCCUCAAGGCUCAGGGCCAAGUCGAGUUCCUGCGGAAGGAGGCGCAAAUGCAGCGCGAACGCCUCGAAGCGUCGGAGCGCCAGGUGCAAGUGGCGGCCGAGGAGAACCGCUCCGUCUCAUCAGAGCUGGAGACGGCCCGAGAAACGAUCGAGUCGCAAGAUCGGGCACUGAGAAAGCUUCACGAUGAUUUGGCUCCCGACGCAAGUGCGCCAGUGGACUUGUUGGACCUAACCGACUCACUGCAGUCGUACGCGACCGGCCUUCUGACCAAGCUGCGCAAUGCCGAGAGCGAUCUGGCUGUUGCCCGAGCAGACCUUGAGCAAGCCUCGAACUCAGUCAAGGAAAGCAAAACGGAUAUUGCUAAUGCCAGGAGCAAGCUAGCGGUCGAGGAAGAGGAAGCCAUGCGCUUUCGCGAGACAUUGGCUGAAGAGAAGGCCAAGGUCACUGCCCUUGAGGGCGAGGUCGCUGAAGGGCGAGAGCAGCUGAGCCGGUUGCGCACGCAGCUUUCGGACGGGGCCUCGGGAUCCGAGACGCUGCAGAAGAAGCUUGAGGACGAGGAAAAGAAGGUUGCGCGGCAGGCGGAAGAACUGGCCUCGCGCCAGUCGCAAGUCGGCAGCCUCGAGGAGGAACUCCACAUGUUCAAGCAGAGGGUCGAGGAUGUGCAGAGCAAGAUGGGCGCCAUGUCGGCGCAUUACGAGGCUCGCGACGGACGGACCAAGGGCCUGAGCCAGCGACUGUACUCGCAGAACGACCGCCUCACGCGCCUCCUGGAGCGCAUCGGAUACUCGGUCACGCGACAAGAUGGCGAGAUGACCAUCAACAAGAUCCCACGGUCGGAGAGGAGCACGCAGAACCCCAACGACUCGUCCGACCCAGGAUCCACACUCCGGCGUUCGGCGAGCCUUGGCAUCCGACAGAUGACUGACAGCGGGGACCUUGAGCCGCUGUACUGGAUGGACGGAAGCGAUGACUCGACCGAGGCCGAGAAAUACGAGCGGUUCAUGCAGACCCUGGGCUACUUUGACCUGGACUUGUUCUCCGAGACGGUGUAUCUCAGGAUUAAGGAAGCUGAGCACAAGGCCCGCAAGUGGCAACGGGAGGCGCGGGGCUAUCGCGACCGGGCUCACGCUGCGCAAAAGGACGCGCACGACAAGAUUGCCUUUAGGCACUUCAAGGAGGGCGACCUCGCGCUAUUCCUGCCAACGCGUAACCAGCAGGCAGGGGCGUGGGCGGCCUUCAACGUGGGCUUCCCGCAUUACUUUCUCCGGGAGCAGGAUGCCCAUCGCUUGCGCCACCGGGAGUGGCUCGUUGCCCGAAUCUCACGCGUACAGGAGCGAGUCGUGGACCUGUCCAAGAGCCUGCAGCCGGCCAACGAUGCUGAAUCCGUCAACGACGACGAGAAUGACAAUCCGUUCCAGCUGUCGGACGGGCUGCGAUGGUACCUCAUCGACGCCCACGAGGACAAACCGGGCGCCCCGUCCACUCCCGGCAUGGGCAAGUCGACAGUGGCGGCCAACACGGUGGAGGCGACGGCGGACAUUCAGCUGCACGCGGGCAAGGGCAAGGGCAAGAACCGCGACAGCGUGGCCAGCAUCGAGGGGAUCAACAAGACGCUGUCGAAGAGCCUGGACAGCCGACGCAGCAGCUCGAACUCGAAGAAGGCCUUGCCGUUCGCGAUAGGAGGCGGCGCCGGCACGGCUCUGCUCAAGAAUAGCGCGCUGGCAAGCGAGACCAACUCUCUGCGAGCGGCACCGACCGACACGCCGGCGGGCACGAGCCCGGCGCAGGCCAGCCUCCUCUCGGCGAGCCUCGCGAACCCUGCGGAGCAGCUGGGGCCGGCGCCGCGGUCAGUGCCGGGCGAGAGCUCGGCUCAGGGGAGCCCGGCGGCGAAGUCCCCUGAGCCACGUGUACCGCUGCAGCGCGAGGAGUCGGUCGAGAGCCCCAGCAAGAAGUCGGUGCUGUGGGAUUCGCUGUGGAGCGUGGACUAUAGCUACGAGAGCCCGUCGAAGAGGGCGUGA